CUCGCUCACCUCCACACUGUGAGUACAGACAAGGCUGUCAUCAUGGUCAGGUGGACUGUGAUAUUUGCUGUUUUCAUCGUUCAUCAAGUUUAUGGACGACCACGACUGUUUCCUGCUCUGCCUGUGAAAGAAGGUUGUCACGUGGUGAAUCCAGAGGUGGAGAUAUUCAGAGUGCAGGGUGAAGCCGUCGUCCUGUCGUUCCCGUUGUUUAAGAGCGUGCUGAGAGUUCGCAACAUCGCCCCCUCCACCGCACCCUACCUCAUCACCAGGGACGACGGGGGAGAGGGCGUGGCCUAUGAGGGAGAAGGGCGCGUCCAGCAGCGAGACAAGCAGCUGUGGCUCCUCCCAGCUCAGGCUUCAGACUCGGGGGAUUAUAUCUGCACUUACAGAAAUGAAAGUUACUGCAUCAACGGGAGAAUCACGCUGCAGGUGUUUGAGUCCUACUCUGUGGACGUGGACAGACUGUCCUACCACAUCAAUGUUCCAGUGGGAGAGAGUCUGUCCUUCAAAUGUCCGUCUCUGAGUCACUUCAACAGGACAGACAGACUCAUAGAAUGGUACAAGAAUUCCAGUUCCUCUGCUCCUCACAGCGGUGCCGCGGGUUCUUUCAGCAGAGACGGCGGAAAACUCCUGAUCCCCGCGGUGACGAGAGGGGACGCAGGCGUCUACACCUGCAGACUCACUGUCCCCAUCGACCAGCAGCUGUACACGGUCAGCAGAGUCGUCCUGCUCCACGUACAAGGUCAAGACCCUGAAAUCACUACCGAUGUAUCUCACCCCUCUGUGACCUCUGACCCCGGGUCAAUCAGCAGCAGCGGCACAGAUCAAGUGUUUAAACCUCCUGUGAUUGUUUCACCGUUGAAUGGCAGCAUUUUUGAAAGUGCUCACGGCUCAGCUCUGGAACUGUUCUGCAAAGUUCUCACCGAAUGUGGAGUGGCUGAUUCCACAGCGGUCACAUGGCUCGUCAACGGCCAAUCACUGGAGACGUCGUACCUCGAUAGGCGGGCCCUGCAGGGAGGAAGGAGCGUAACCAGGUCGUCCGAACGCUGCCAGAUCGAGUUGAGACUAAUCGUCGUGGAGAUAACGGACGAAGACGUGGAGACGCAGCUGAAGUGCGUCGCUCACAACCGAGCAGGGAAACAGGAAGUGGUCGCACAGAUUCACCUCAAGGACUCCACGUUCACGUGGCUGGUCGUGGCCGCCGUGGCCGUCUCCUGCUUCCUCACCGUGGUUUCUGUAUUUCUCUGCGUCCUCCUCAAACCUAAGAGGAAAAGGAAAGUGGAUUAUAUUCUGGCUCGACAAAACAGCACCUUCUAAGUCUGACGACGUAGCAGCUCCUCACCGGACACCGAUAAUCUGAGCCGGACAUUGGACAGAUGGGAUGUUGUUUACGCGAGAAUAUAUUCCUGUUUACAUGUUACAGAGCGUUAAGUGGGAUUAUGACUCCACAUUUUCAGUAUGAAAAAUAUCAUCUUCAGGUGUUUUACUGAGCUGUGUGUGCCCCCUGCUGGCCGCCACUGGGAAAAUCAGCGUUUUCAACUGGAUAUUUACGUUGUUUAAAACAUUCACUCUAACUGAACCAAACCCCAUAGAGAAAGUCAGCGUCUGUAGCUCACAGGGACACAGGACGUUCUGGUCCUGGUCUACUGCGGGAUCAUUCCGUAGAUUUGUGUCACAUCGUGAAUCAGAACGAAGGAUUUCAAACACCAAAGUCACAAAAUAACAUUUGUUUUAAGUCAUGUUUUCAGGCAGCAGUGGAUCAAAAAUCUGUGUCUCUGAGCUAGAAAUGCUGUUUUUCUUAAUGGACUUUGGUGCAGGGAGAGAGAGUCUAAGUGGAAAACAAAGGGGUGAACAUAUAUUUCAGACAUCGUUCCGUCCACAAAUGGAACAAAGAAUAUGACUUUCUUAUUCAGGCUCUCAAAGCAAAGGCAGUAGGGGGCGCUCACAGCUCAGGAAGAAGUGUAUUAUGUUGCUUUGUCACCCAGCCCUAUUUGAAUAUAAUUGUCAUUAUAACACUCCCUAAAAUAAUACAUUAUCAAAGUAUUAUUAAACCCUAGGAUAUUAGUGAACAAUAAUGUCCCUUAAAUAUUCACACAGAAGUUGAAAACACAUAAAAACAAAUAUAUGUAUAUGUAUAUCAUUCAUGUUCUCAGGGAGAAGAAACAUUUGAUUUGAUUUGACUGUACUGGAUGAAAAUGUUGAAAUGUAUUGUUUUGGUUUUUCAAUUUGUCGUGAUUUAAUCCUAUAAAAGAAGAUUUCUGCUGGA